UUAACCCUUCCCACUAUGGAAUCUCCACCAAUGGGAGAUUUCCGCAGAUCAAGUGUCACUAUAACAGAAAGACUUUUUCAUGCCUGCAUGUUUGCUGAACUUUACAGCCAGUCUCCGCCAGCAGGGAGCUCACUUCUUUCAGCUUUUCUGAGGGUCUCAAAGUCCACUAUCACCAUGUCUGACACAGAGGAAGUCGAGCAUUUCGAGGAAGAGAAGCCAAAGUUCAAGCCAUCAGCACCCAAGAUCCCAGAUGGUGAUAAAGUGGACUUUGAUGACAUUCAGAAGAAACGUCAGAACAAGGAUACUCUUGAGCUGCAGGGCCUCAUCGAUGCUCACUUUGAGCAAAGGAAGAAGGAGGAGCAGGAACUGAUCGCCCUCAAGGAGAGAAUGGAGAAGCGUAGAGCUGAGAGGGCAGAGCAGCAGAGGAUCCGAGCUGAGAAGGAUAAGGAGCGCCAGGCUAGACGUGAGGAGGAGAGAAGAAGGAAAGAGGAGGAAGAUGCCAAGAAGAAAGCAGAAGAAGAUGCCAAGAAGAAGUCAGCUCUGUCUGGUAUGGGCUCCAACUACAGCAGCCAUCUGCAGAGGGCCGACGCCAAGAAAGGUGGCAAGAAACAAACAGAGAGAGAGAAGAAGAAAAAGAUCCUGGCUGAGAGACGUAAACCACUCAACGUCGACCAUCUCAGUGAGGACAAACUGAGGGACAAAGCACAGGAGCUGUUUGAUUGGAUUAAAACCCUGGAGGCUGAGAAAUUUGAGCAUAUGGAGAGGCUGAAGAGACAGAAGUAUGAGGUUACUACACUGCGCAAGAGAGUGGAGGAGCUCAGCAAAUUCAGCAAGAAGGGCGCCGCCACUCGUCGCAGAAAGUAAAUGCGUCGUCCUGCAGGCCAAGACCACUACAAAUGAUGAUGGACAAGAUACACCCCUCGAUCUGUGCUGACCACACAGGUCUCCGUAGUUGUUGAUCAACCCACUCUUUCUCGUCUUGGACUGUUAUUUAGUUCCUUUUUAUGUCAUGUAAAUAAAGUGUGACUUCAA